AUGGAAUUCUGCCUCAGUGAGAAUGAGAAUGUUCUGGUUCCCUUCCAACAAUCUAGUCACCAGCAAGGAGAGAUUGUUGAAGUUGACCAGAAUAAUAAUCAAGCUUUCAAAAAUAAAGCAUCACGUUUAAAGCUUAAGCAGGGUGAGGUUUUGCUACUGGAAGAUCAACAGCAGGAGCAGAAAACCUUCCUAGUACAAGAUUCUCUUCCAGGAGGGAACCAUUACCUCUAUAGUGCUGUUUGUGUAGAUUAUCCAACACAGUUGCUGACUUUAUACAUUGGUGCCCAUCCGUCCAGACUUGAACCAUGUUGGGAGGAUAUGAGUCUUUGGUAUCAAGUCCAGAGGCAAACAAAAGUACUGAACAUCUUUAAGCAUCAGGGAAUUACAAGCAAAUAUUUGCCGGAAAUGAUUGCGUCUGGGCGAAUUUUGCAUUCUGGUCCAUGCAAGAAGCAGACCCCGGGGGGUCGAUGUGAUCAUCCAUUGUGUGGGACUCCAAUACUAGUGACAUCUCCAGUUGGUGAACCUGUUUCAUAUGUAGUUUCUCAAGAUGGGCCCCUUUCCCCUGAGGAGGCAGUUCGCUGCUGCAGAGACUGCCUAGCUGCUCUAAGAAGUGCAGCAAUGGCAAAUGUUCAGCAUGGUGAUAUUUGUCCAGAAAACAUAAUUCGUGUUGUUGACGAACAAGGCUCAAGAAACAACAUUUUCUAUGUUCCAAUAUCAUGGGGCCGCGCAGUUUUGGAAGAGCGGGACAGUCCAGCUAUAAACUUGCAGUUCUCUUCAUCUCAUGCACUUCAGCACGGGAAACUUUGUCCAUCAUCAGAUGCUGAAAGCCUUGUUUACCUCAUGUUGUUCAUAUGUGGGGAAACGAUGCAGCAGCAGGAUUCAAUCGAAUCUGCCUUGCAGUGGAGGGAGACAAGCUGGGCAAAGCGUUCGAUCCAACAGCAGCUUGGUGAGGUUUCAGCUCUGCUAAAGGCAUUUGCUGAUUAUGUGGAUAGCCUUUGUGGAACACCAUACCCUGUUGACUAUGACAUAUGGUUGAAGAGGUUGAGCAGGGCUGUGGAUGGCGUAGGAGACAGAGGAACAUCUGGAGGUGGUAGCUAA